AUGAACAUGGAGCGACGUCACGCCGUCGCUGCCGCCGAUGUCCCCAGCAGCGGCAACGACGGCGGCGGCAGCAGCGCCCUGUCAUUGAUUUCCGCAACGGGCCCAGUGGCAGCGGCGCCGCUGCCGCCGCUAAAGGAUGGUGGCGCCGCUGCAGGCGCUGAAUCCUUCACCCUUUCGCCCCCUGGAGACGGGGGAGACGGGGCCCUGAUGAUUCACCGAAUCAUGGCGGCGGCUGCAGCGGCUCCAGAAGGACACGGCAUUCCAAACGACCCAAGGCUGCGAUGGAAGCGUGCUGCUGCCGCCGCCGCCGCCGCUGCCGAAGCUGCAACAACAACAGCAGCAGCAACAUCAACUACAGCAGCUGCAGCAGCAACAGCAGCAGCAGCAGCGGUAGUGACUGCAGAUCCUGAGGCUAUGAAGCUAUGUACGGAGAUACGUACGGAGCCUCCGCAAGGAGGUUCAAUUGACAUCGCCAAGUUGUCACCCGGCGAGGCGGCGGCGGCGCCACUGGCGGACCCGCCGUCGCGUGUUAGCCUGCCACCGUUAGCGGCAGCAGAGGAGCCGCCUCUGGCGGAUUGCACCUUAGCAACACCCGCCCCGGCGCCGUCGGGUGCCCACCCCUUGGCGGGCACCUUGCCGACCGCGAUGAAUGCAGCAACAGCAGCAACUGCAGCUGCAACAGCAGCAACUGCAGCUGCAGCCGCAGCGGCGUCCACACACGGCCCCAGGGAUAACGUGACCCAAAUCGUUCCAGCUGCUCCGCGAUCUGGGUCACCCCAAUCUGAGUGCCGAUUUGGGUCGGACGCAAGACCAGCCGAAAUUUCCUCCCGGCGCCCUUCGGGCCGGCGGGAGGCAGCCACUGCCAGCGGCGGUGGCGGCGGCGGCGGCGGCGGAGCUGCUGCAGCGAUCGGCAUCUCCGUCAGUGGGCCGCCGCCAGCUCAGCUGGUUCCAGCGGGUGAUACAAAGGACCGCCAUGCACCGCGACGACUGGUGCGUAUUCGCACUGCCAAGACUGCGUCAUUGCCGGCUGCGGCGUCAUCGCCAGCUGCAGCUCUAGCCUUCCCCGGGAAGGCAUGUAGUGGCGGUGGUAGUGGCCGGCAGUCAGGGGCUGCCGCUGCCGGCAAUGUCGUCGCGACAGCUGCCGCUGCCGGCACAUCGCCAUCAAGCCCAAUGGCCGAGACGGCGGAUGUUGGAGAGGAGGAGCUGGUUGUUGAGGCGGCGGGAGGGGCCCUAUCAACGGGGUGCCGCAGUGCCGGGGGCACCAGGCCUCCACCCGCUGGUUCUGCUGCUGCUGCUGCAGCUGAUCAUGUUGCUGCUGUUCGUUCCGUUGCGCGAACGCAGCCGGAUACAGCCGGAUGCGAUAUUGGGGGCCGGCCCAUGCGCGAGAACAAGGACAGGGACAAAGACAGAAGGAAGGAUAAGGACUCUGACAAAGCUAAAGUUAAGAAGGACCGGGACAAGGUCGCGAAGGAGAAGGUGGAGAAGGAGAGGGAGAAAGAGGAGAAGCGGGAAAAGCAGAAGCGCAGUGGUCGUGAAGAUCGCGAACGGGAGCGCGGCAUGCGGUCUCGGAUGAAGAGCAAGGAUUGUCAAGUACGUGAACAAGAAUGUCGUGCAUACCGUGGUGGGUUAAACGAGGUCUCGGAAACGGCUGGCCCCUGCGGCAUCAGCGACGUAGCUGAUGGUGCCGCGCUUCGAUAUCGCCGGGUAGCAGCAGCAACCGCAGCAGUAGCAGUAGCAGUAGCAACUCGGAAGGACGGCAAUGCGGGUGGCAAUAGCGGCGGCGGCGUUGAGGUGGCUGGCGGCAGUAGCAAAGAUCCUUACAGCGGCGGCCUUCCGCUGGCAUCAGCGAUGCCGGCGGCGGCAGCUACGGCCGCACAGGCUGUUGCUCCGUCAGUCGAACAGUUGCUGACGCAGCUGUACGACCCCGAUGCGCUGGCGGCUGCAGCGGCGGUAGCUGUACCUUGUGCCAACGGCCGCCGGGGUCCGGCAUCAGGGCCUGUGUCGGCACAGAGCGUCAGCGGCGCUGCCCCGACGGCUGGUACUGCAGUUUCUGCAGCCAAUUGCCGUACCACAGCCGGCGGCGGCAGAACCUGGUCCCUGGGCGACGCAUGCGAGCUGCCGCCGUUGCCUGUCGACAUCCUCACCCCAGAGCCGCUCACCAUUGGGGACCUGCAAUGGCCCCCCCCGGGGCUGUGGCUGCAGCUCCAACCCCCCCGGCACGUGGAACUGAGCCAUGAUCUCGUACGGCAAUUGUACGUCCCUGGCCCGCUGCUGGCUGAUCUUGCGGAGGUGGAGUCCUUUUGGCGUGCUCACCACUUGCCCUUGCAGCUGGGGGCGCUGGUGCUGGUGCUGGUGCUGGUGCUGGUGCUGGUGCUGGUGCUGGUGCUGGUGCUGGUGCUGGUGCUGGUGCUGGUGCUGGUGCUGGUGCUGGUGCUGGUGCUGGUGCUGGUGCUGGUGCUGGUGCUGGGGGAGCUCAGCGAGGCGGUGCUGGAGGGGGCUCUGGCCGGGCAGCAUCUUGGGGGGCUGCCGGCCGGGGAGCUCUUUGAUGCCGUCGCUCGUGCUGUACGGCAUGGUGAAUGUGUACCCCACGUGCGCGCCAUCUCCACUCACCGGCGUCGACUGUACGACCCUCGAGAUCCAGAUUCGUACAUACGAUGGAAGGAGGCCGCCCGACCGCACUACGAGGCCAUCUGCGCCGCCCUCAACCGCCCGCCUGAGUCGUGGCGGCCCCUCGGGGCCCUCAUGCGGAGACUCAUGGCCCACCAGGUGGAGCAGGUGGAGCAGGUGGAGGCGCCCGGACAGGGUGCGACGGCGCCAGCUACAGCUCCGACAGAGCCACAGCCACAGCCUAAAGAGCCAGAUUUACGUUCACAGCUGCGGCCAGCGGCUUCAGAUCAGGAGCUAGGACGGGAGAAACGAUGGCGGCAGCAACAAGAGAAGCAGCAACGGGAGCAGGUGCCGGCGCAAGCAGGUUGUGGGCGGGAUCCUCGCGUCCAUAGGCGGGGGGGAUGGCAAUCCACGAUUAAUGAGGAUGGGGAGGAGGAGGAGGAGGAGGCGCAGGCGGCGGGGAAGUCCCGUCCAGCCGCCGCAGCACCACCACCACCAUCUACUGUACGAUCAGCACCAGCUCCUGACGUACUCCUCGGUGGCCAUAUCCCCAUCGGCUACAUACUCCCUACCACUAGCCCUACCACUGAAGAUAAACCAGGCCCCGGGUGUGGCGGCCCCGGGUGUGGCGGGCCUGUCGAGGCCCAGCCUGAGGUACACACCGGGCGGAGCGGGGCCCGGUCCCGCAGCAGGAGCCAGGGGCGUGAGCCCGAGGGCGUGGCGGCUACUUGGGGGGGUAGCUGUCUGCGGAAGGAGGAGGAGCAGGCGUGCCACCUGCUGCAGGUCCGGCCGCCGCUGGUGCAGCAACAACAGCAGCAGCAGCAGCAGCAGGAGCAGGAGCAGCAGCAGCAGCAAGAGCAGGAGCAGCAGCAGGAGCAGCAGCAGCAGGAGCAGCAGCAGCAGGAGCAGCAGGAGAAACGAAAGAACGAGCAAAGCCACAUGUCAAAAGCGCCGCGCGGCCAUUGGAGAGGCGACCACCACGACCAAGGUAAUGGAGACGUAGUAGAGGGGGUGGACGGCGCCGUCGCUAGCUGCGGUGGCCGUACCGUCCAUAGCUCCCAGCAUGAUCCCUCUUUUCUCAACCCGCCUCGCCAGCGAUCCGCUGCCGUACAGCCAGCAACAGCUGCGGUCAGCGGCACCGUCGGGACCGGUGCUAAGACUUUUGACGCCGAUGCCGCCAUCGCCGCCGCCGCCGGUUUAGCUCCACAGCACAUCGAGCUGGAUCAGACGGAACUUCAGGCAAUGGGCAGUCGAAAGCAUGCGGCUCUGUCAAGCGCCACAGCUCUCGCCGCGGCUGCUGCAGCUGCUGCUGCUGCUGCUGGCUCCGCCGGCGCCACCAGAGCUGCGUCCUUGCUGCGAACCAGCGCGGCGGAACGUACCUCUACCCCGCCCCCAGAAGCGGCAGCAGCAGCAGCAGCAUGCGGCGGCGGAAGCCCUCGGGGGCGCUGCGCUGUGUCCCUCUCGGCAUCUGCUGCCGCUGCUGCCGCUUCCUGGGUGCCCCCAGCGGCCCGGGCUGCCCCGGGCUCCCCUCGCGACUUCGGAGCCGAUGGAAGUGGCGGUGCCGGCGGAGGACAGCACGCCAGCGGCGAUGACAUUCCGGCAUCUUUAUCUGGAUCUGGUUCCGGUACUGCAGGUAGUCCUGAAGCCGGCGGCGGCAACGGCGGCGGAUACCUGAACAAGGCGGAGCGCCGGGCGCUGCGACGGCUGCAGUGGAGUCCUGACGGAGAUAAGCUCAAGCAGACGAAGCAGCUACAGCCGCCGCGGUCGCCGUCGCCGCCAGCCCGCAAAGCGCGAUCGGAGCUCCAGAUCGGGCUUCAGCAAUGGCAAGGAGGCGGCACCGGCGGCACCGGCGCCAAGGCUGGAGCAAGCGCCGCGGCUAAGCUGGCAGCGUUGGAGGCGACGCCGGCGGCGGGGCCCGUUGCGGCGUCAGCGGUGACGGCGGACUUGCGAACACUCCUGGGUGAUGCAAUUCAAAGUCGGAGUCUGAGCAGGAGUCGGGGUCGGGGUAAUGGAGGUACGGCAGCGGGAGAGUUGGCUCCGGAACGGUCGGGACCUCAUGACCUCGUCUCAUCGGAAGCUGCGCCGCCUGCUGUGGCAGCAGCACCCGCGACAGCACAGGUACUCCGACCCAACGACGCACCAGCAUCCGAGCGACACACGAAGACAGCGACGGCGGCGCUGGCGGCGACGGCGCGUGGCUCCAGGAAGGCCGCUGGGGGUGAAAAACGUCGUCGACGCAGCCGGCGGAGCACCAGCCGCAGCAACUAUCCGAAACCAAAGUCCGACUUACGUCACAGUCCCACCAGCAGCACCACCACCAGCAGCAGCACCACCAGCGCCACCAUCCGCAAGCGCAAACGGAGCAAAGCCCGAAGCCAGAGUCACAUGCAGGCGCUACAGUCGCCGCCUCCGCCGCCUCCGCCGCCGGAAGCAACGGCGGCCACAGCGGCCACAGCGUCGGCCGCAUCUCCCGCGGAGCUGCCUGACGCGGAGUACAACGCCCUGCUGGCGGAGUACGAGCGUGGGUUGUACCGGCUGUUGUACCGCAGGCCGCUGACGUUGUUUCAGAUUCGCGAGCGGAUGCCCAUUCCACAGCAGCUACUGGGCAGAUCCAAGCCUUCCACGUUUCUGCUGCGGCGGCCACAUCUCUUUGAGCAGGACCUGAACCCGGGGGAGAGGUUCAACAGCCGCUUCCGGGCCAACCCUGCCUCACGUCACUUACUAGAUGAGCCCAGGCUACCGCUGCCGCCGCCGCCGCCACCGCCGCCGCCGCUACCGCCGCCGGUACCGCCGCCGCAGCUGGCGUCGCGAGGACGAAACGAUUCGCCGUCGCCGCCGCCGCGGCGGUGCAGUCACCCGGCGCCAAGCGGCCGCCGGGAGGGAGGUACGACGCCUUCCGUACCACUAUCGCUGCCGCCACCGGUACGGCAGGGAUCUCCCUCCCCUGCUGACGUGGCGGGUACACACAUGCCGGUCCAUGGCCGUGGAAGGAGAAGGCGCUGGUCACCGGGACGAGGUCGCAGUGUAACCAUCAGCCGGAGCAGGAGCCGGAGCCGCAGCGCCAGCCGAGGCCGAGGUCGGCCCCGGGACCGCAGCCGCCGCCCUAGCCGCCGCAGAAGGCGGAGCCACACCGCUCAGCGGAUGAAAAAUCCCGGAAGCCAGAACCCGCAAAAUGAUGCCGGCGGCGGCGGCGGCGGCGGUGGCGACGCUCGCGGCGCUCGCGUCGCCGGAAAGAAGCCGCCGUCGUCUUCGCGGUCCCCAUCACCCUCGCCACCUACAAAGGCACGUCAUCGGAAGAAAGCGGAGGCGGCUGCAGUGCCGGUUGCGCCGCCAGGUCGGCCAGAGAGCUGUACACUGCCAGUGGCAAGGUCGCCCCCGGGCCCCAACGGCGGCGGUCUCUGCCAGACGCUGCAUCCGCCUGGUACGGCGCCGCCGCUGCCGUCGGCAACGGAUCCGGAGGAGCGGCACGGGCACGCUGACUUCACUCGUCGGCGCCAUGAACCCCAUGAAUCCCGGCACGGAGAGGAUCUGAAGGAUUACCCAGAGCGACAUGCGAAGCGCAGGGAGAAGGGGCGAACAGGAGCGGACGCAGACGCCGAGGGCAGGGCCCAGGGCCAGGGCGAGUUGGCAAAGCGGCCGUUGCAGCCUGAGAAGGGUGGUGGACGGAAGCUGGUGACGCCGAGGGGGAACCGCUCCGAAGACGUAAAUCGAAACGGCAGACGGGAUGGCAAGAUGGCAGGUGCAACCCGCUAUGAGAUGGGGGGAGUCGGCGACCAGGAGGAGUAUGAGGGCCACGGCGGCAAGGAGUACGGCGGCAAGGAAGGGGGGAGUGUCAAGGCGGGUGCGGUUGAGAGAGCCGUGGGGAAGGAGGAGAAGGCGCCUCGGUGCCUAAGGGGUAAAGAGGAUAAGGGGAGGCUCAAUCCGAAGCAUGAGGCGCUGGAAGCUAGGGAGGCCUGUACGACAGCCGCCGGCGCUGUCGCCGCCGGCGCUGUCGCCGCCGGCGCUGCCGCCGCCGGCGCUGCCGUCGCCGGCGCUGGUGUCGCCAAUCCCGCAGCGGGUGGGCAUGCGGCCAAGGGUGUUUCAGACGGCGCAGUCGCCGCAACGGCCGUCGGCGGCGUUGACGCCAACGCCAAGGCCACCCAGGCGACGGAGGGUUCCGUCGCCAUCUUCAUGACGACAGCUGCUGCCGUCGCCGCCGUGCCCCUUGCUGCCGCCACUACUGUUCAUGCCAAACUCAAGGCAACCCCCGCCGUGCCUAGCAAAGCUGCAGCAGCCGGCGGCAGGGCUGCUGUCGUCACCGCCCCCGCUGCACCUGCCAGCGCCGCCGCAGGGACGCAUGUGACCACCAAGGCCAACGCCUCCGCCUCCGCCGGCCGAGACGGAGGCGGCGGCGACAGUGUGGCUGCAGCGGCGUGCAGCGGCCCGCCGGGGGCGGCAGCUCCGCCCGGGAGCGCCGCUGGAGGCAGUGAACGGGCAGUACUAGCUAUUGCUGCUGCGGGAUCGGCUGAGGAGGUACCCAAGGGGGUACCCGGUCUCCAAAACCAAUAUACCAAUAUACCGAAGGAGCUCGGAGCAGCUGAUGAUGGUAUCGGAGCGCAACAGGCCUCUGGUUUGGUCGUGGGGCCAGCAUCAAUGAGGGCGAGGAUGCCGGCGGCUGAAGCAGGCAGAGGAGCUACUUCGGUGGCCGCGGCGGCCGCUACAGCCGUACAAGAGUACGGCAGAGGUGAAAGCGGAGAGGUGGAGGAGGGUGAAUGGGCGCCGGAGCUGGGAUUGGCGGCAGCGGUGGCGAAUGUGGCGGCCGCGGUAGGUGAGCCGCGUAUGAGUGGCAGCAUAUGUGGCAGCGGUAGCUUCCGGAGCGGCCAGCGCCGCCGCGGGGGCAGCGGUUGCAUGACUAGCAGCGGUAGUAGCAGUAGCAGCAGUAGCAGCAACAGCAGCAGUGACAGCGGCAGCAGCAGGUCUCAAUCUCCUUUGCAAAAGUGCAAGAGUCGAAGCCCAAGCCGAAACCCAGCUCGCAGCCCAGCCCGAAGUCGGAGCCGGAGCCGAGGGCAGCCCACCGGCUCCGGCGGCGGCGGGGAACGUGGUCGCAGCGGCAGCAGCGGCAACGACAGCUGCAGGACAUGUACGAGCAGCGGAGGACAGCCUGACGGGCCGCAGUCGCGGUUGCAGCAGCAGCAGCAGCAUGGGGCGAGCCCCGCGGCAAGCAAUGAUUGCAGCCCCAGCCCCAGCCCCGGUCGCCGUUGCAGUCCGAGCCGGAACACGAAUUCAACCAGCAGCCGAAGUUGGACUCAAAGUCGCAGCAGCGGUAGUAGCCGCAGCCGGAGCCGCAGCCGCAGCCGCAAUGCUCGCAGCCACAGCCGUGGCCACACGCUUAGCCGUAGCCGUAGCCGAAGCCACAGCCGCAGUCACGGCGACACCCGCACGCGCAGAGGUCCCAGCCCCAGUCCCAGCAGCAGUCGCAGCCGGCGGCGGCGAGGGAGGGCUAGCAGUAGCAGCCGUAGCCGUAGCCGUAGCCGAACCCGAAGCCGAAGCCGCACCAGCGGAGGCUACAGCCGUAGCCACAGCCGCAGCGAGAGCAGCCGAAGGCCUAGCCGAAGCCCAAGUCGAAACCGAAGUCGAAGCCCAAGUCAAAGUCAAAGCCGAAGUCGAAGUCGAAGCCCAAGUCGAAGUCGAAGUCGAAGUCGAAGUCGAAGUCGAAGUCGAAGUCGAGGCCGAAGCCCAAGCCCAAGCCGAAGCCCAAGCCCAAGCCCAAGCCCAAGCCGAAACCCAACCCCAAGCCCUAGCCGAAGUCGAAGUCGAGGUCGAAGCCCAAGCCGAAGCCCAAGCCGAAGCCUAAGUCGAAGCCCAAGCCGAAGCCCAAGCCGAAGCCCAAGCCGAAGCCCAAGCCGGGGUCGCGGUCCGGCCCGGGGCCGCAGUGAGUCGCCCAGGAUCCACCGCGGCCGGCAGCCCUCCCGUACCGCCGUACGCCGCCGCUGGCGCAGUCCCAGCAACUCCCGCAGCCCCAGAUGGAGCCCGGACUGGGCCGGAGCUCGACGCCGCAGCCGCAGCCGCAGCCGCAGCCGGGGUAGCUCUAGUCCCAGCUUCCGGCACAGUCUAGGCCGCGGCUUCGCGCCUGGUUUUGGGGGCGGCAGCGGCGGCGGCGGUGAAUGGUUUCGGAGCAGCGGCACGCCGGCGCCUGGCGGCCUGUUACCCGCUAGCCAUCGACGCUGGCGCAGCCCUAACUGCAGCCCAAGUCGGAGCCGUAGCCGAAGUCCAGGUUAUGGCGGCCGCGGCGGGUACGGCCGCGGCCUUCCCACCAGAAGUCGCUACAGCCCGAGCUAUGGCGGCUUCUCAGCGGCCGCAUACGGAAUGCGCGGCGGCGACGGCGGCGGCGGUGGCGCCGGCGGUCGCGAUCCGCUGCUGCCGGAGGCAGACACAGCGGCGGGUGCACGCUUGGAGCCAUGGGUGGCGAGAGCUGUACGGCAGGCUGUACUGCAACAGCUACCAGGCUCCGGCGGCGGCGGACUGGCGCUGUCAACUGUGCAGCUGCCGCAACGCUUGCGUACGGCGCUGAAGGGCAGCAUGGUGCGCUAUGGCCACCCGGGCACAGGUGGCGAGCGGACAGCCGUGGAGGGGGUCAUGAGAACCACCAAGAUGUAUGAGGAAGCGGAGGACUUUUCGCGCCGCAUGUCCGAGUUCGCUCGCAAUUUGCAGACUUUCCAGCAUGCCACGACAGACUUCAUCUCCUGCAUCACCCCCAUCAUCUCGGUGCCGCUACCCCGCGUGUGGGACCACCUGCCGGACGGGGGACUCGCGGAACCGGUGCGGGCGAGAGUCUCCCACGAUUACCCCUCGGAGCUGUUGGGCGCGGACGCGGACGUCAACGGCAUACGGGCUGCCGUACUGGAGAUGGAGCGGCGGCUGAUGUUGGGUAUCCUCCGUCCUCUGAACCAGUGGCGGGAGUCCCUGGAGACCGCCAAGCAGCGUCUGCCGGAGGUGUCCGGUUGGCUCGUGCAUCUGCCCAUCACGCUGCAGCUGCUGCUCGAUCCGCCGCCACUUGCUCAGGCGUCCGGUUGGCUCGCGCCUGCACCUUUCUGGUUGCAUCCGCACUGGACAGCUGGGGUGUCGGGGGGGAAGGUGGACCGGCUCCGUCGAGAGUUAGCUCGCGAGCAGGGGGGUCUGGACCGGACUUUCUCGAAGGCGGAGAGGCGGCACCGCCGGGAGGUGGGACUGGACCAACCGCACGGCCUGGCGGGACUGCUGUUCAGGUGCACCCACCCUGGAGCCACCAGCCCCGGCCGCACCCGGGGCCCGCGGGUCACGGGCGGCCAGGUGGCGGCGGCGGACGCGGCGGAGGCGGGCGGCAUGGAGGAGGAGACCGCCGCUGGCGGCACCGGCGCCGCCGCCAGCGGGGUCGGCGGCGGCGGAGGCGGCGGUCGGGGCUUCCGCGACGAGUUCCGUUUGGAGGAUCGCAACAUGAAGACCGUGUACCAGGCCCGCCGCCGCGAGGGGUUUUGCCCCCCUGCCCCCUUCGCAUUCGUCUUCUCUUGGAGUAUCCGUCUAUCACAGGCAGUAACACAUUACCUAGGGUCCACUAAGCAGCCCGUGCCGGGGCACUCGGAGGGGGUGCCGCCCCACAUGCGGGGCACUGUGGCUGGGAACGACCAAUACAUCAGGGAGCUUCCCACGUUUCUCAAGGACCACACGAGCCGCAUGGAGGCUCUGGAGCGCAUGCGCGGCCGCAUGGGGCGCGAGGGACUGCACGCGCACCGGGCCAUCGCGUGUCCUAUGGAGCUGCACGCGCGCGGCGACAUCCGGGGUGCGGAGUACGUGGAGCCGGUGCGGCGGGGGGCGGCGGACAUGCCGCUGGGCGCUGCGACGGAGGCGCCGGCGGGGCCCUCAGCGGCGGCCGCGGCGGCGGCGGCGUCUGGUGGCCGCAGAGGUGGCGAGGGUAUGAUGCUGUCAGGCGACUUGCCGGGCACCGGCGAGGUGCUGCCGCUGUCGACUUCGGCGGCGGCGGCGGCGGCGCCACGCAUCCCACCGCUGGCGACGGAGAAGUUGGCGGUUGUGAACCGCCAGGUUUUGCCCGUGGCCUCUGGUCCGAUUGGCGUGGACACGUGA